AUCAUCACUCAUCAUCAACGUCCUCUAUUUCUCCAUUUUCUCUGUCAAACAUGAUUCCUUCAAUUGUAGCCAUUCCUGCAUUAAUCCUCCUCCUGACUUUCAUUUACAUGAUUCUGUUUAUCUUCUUGCGUCCAAAUAACCAGACCAAACGUCCUCCAGGUCCUUUGGCCCUCCCCAUUAUUGGGAAUUUUCACUUGCUAGGCACUCUCCCACAUCGCAACCUUCAAACUCUGGCCAGCAAAUAUGGAUCCAUCAUGUCCUUGAGGCUAGGACAGGUCCCAGUCACUGUGGUCUCCUCUCCUGAAGCUGCUGAACUAUUCCUUAAGACCCAUGACCCUAUUUUUGCAGCUCGAGCCAAAACUCAAGCCGUGGAUUACUUAUUUUACGGAUCCAAGAGUAUUGUAUUUUCUGAGUAUGGUUCAUACUGGCGCGACAUGAGGAAGAUGUGUGCCCAACACCUUCUCAGUGCUUCAAAAGUGGACUUGUUUGGUCCUAUGAGGAGGGAGGAAUUGAGAAUCAUGGUAAAGUCAUCACUUGAGCCAGCUGCAACAAUAGGUGAGGUCGUGAACUUGAGUGAGAAGGUGCACCAACUUUUGGAAGAUGUGGUUUAUAAGAUGGUGCUGGGACGUAGUAAAGAUGAUCAAUUUGAUAUCAAGGGCCUUCUCUCAAGUUGCUUAAGCUUGACCGGAGCAUUCAAUCUUGCAGAUUUUGUGCCUUGGCUGGAAACCUUUGAUCUUCAGGGAUUAACACGUCAAUUAAAGGAAACAAGUAGAGCUCUUGACCAAGUAUUGGAGAAGAUAGUAAAGGAGCACGAGCAAGCUCUUAAUGUACAAAAGGAUGGGCAAGGUGAAGACUUUAUAGACAUUUUACUGUCGUUACUGGUCACAGAUGAUGAACGAAACCAUGAAAUUACUCGAGAUCACAUUAAGGCUGUAGCAUUAUCUAUGAUUGCUGGGGCAUACGAAACUUCUGCCGUCAGCAUCGAGUGGACUCUAUCAGAACUUCUAAGAAAUCCAAGGGUGAUGAAGAAUCUACAAGAUGAGCUAGAAACUGUGGUGGGAAUGAACAGGAUGGUGGAAGAAUCAGAUCUUUCAAAGCUGAAUUACUUGAACUUGGUGGUCAAGGAGAGUUUGAGGCUCCACCCAGUUGCUCCAUUCAUUCCACGAGCAUCCACAGAAGAUGCUAUCGUUGAUGGAUACUACAUAGAGAAAAACUCACAAAUCUUAGUAAAUUUAUGGGCACUAGGACGAAACCCUCGCAUAUGGUCAGAUGAUGCUGAAGUGUUUUAUCCAGAAAGGUUCUUGAAUAGCAACUCCAACAACGUUUUUCAAGAACAUGAUUCUCAACUUCCUUCAUUCGGGUCGGGUCGUAGAAAAUGUCCCGGGAUGCAGAUGGGUUUAACUACGGUUAAAAUCGUUAUGGCUCAACUUGUGCACUGCUUCAAUUGGGAGCUUCCUUUUGGGAUGAAACCUGCUGAUUUGGACAUGACCGAAUCAUUUGGCCUCUCUAUACCGAGAUCCAAGCACUUGUCGGCCGUGCCAACUCAUCGUCUUUCUUCUAAGGUUUAUGAUGAAUGAAAUGUCGUGAUGCAAGAUGCAUGAUAAUAUAUAUAUAUAUAUAUAUAUAUGGAAGAAAAAUGUAAACUGUGAAAGAAUAUGAAGUGCAGGACAGAUAAAUUUAGCACAAAGUUGCAAUUUUUCUGUGGGAGUACACUAGGUUGUUAGUUAUUACUAUUUAGUUA